CGAGGGAAAUCUUGAGGAACCCUAGAAAUUUAAAAAAAAAAACACCCGGGAAAAAGAAGGAAAAGGGAAUGCCGUAAGACGACGGAGGGCGGAGAGCGAAGCGGUGAGGUCUCGGUUUCGGUAGAAGUGAUCAUAACUUCUGAAGAUCAUGUACUGUGUUUCUUGGGUGCUCGAUUUCUGGAACUAGCAAUCAAUAUGAGUUCAUAUCCGCAUCAAAACCGCUUGGGACCUGAAGCACACACCCGAGAAGGUGCAGGCAUGGCCGGAAGCGAUAUCCCCAUCCCGAGGACUGUAGGCAUCGAUCUUUCUCAGCUAACUCAUGUAAAUACCGCGGCGGAAAGUUUCGUAGUCUCUCCUCCUGUUCGGGAUACCAGAAAUGAUACCAAACACGCAAAACCGGUGAAAGAGAAGUCUGCAACACAGAAGUCUCCAUCCAAGGCACUGAAGCCCAAGACGCCGAGGAAGAACCCUUCUGCAAUGCCCAAGAAGCCGAAGAAAACAUCGAGUGUUCCGGAAGUGAAACGUGAGAAGAAAACCCCGGAGAUCAAUGUCGAUGUCUCGAGCUUCGAUUUUUCAGAGGUCCCUUACCCGGUUUGUUCUUGUACAGGCAUCCCGAGGGUUUGCUACAAAUGGGGUUUAGGCGGGUGGCAGUCCUCGUGCUGCACGAUCGGAAUAUCGGUCUAUCCUCUCCCGAUGAGCAGCACGAGACCCAGGUCCCGCCUUGCUGGCAGGAAAAUGAGCAAUGGAGCGUAUGUGAAGCUAUUGCUGAGGCUAGCAGGGGAGGGCCAUGACCUGUCUCGCCCAGUUGAUCUCAAGAACCAUUGGGCCAGACAUGGAACCAACAAGUUCGUCACCAUCAAGUAAAUAAGUAAAAAAGCUCCAACCUUUGUAUUGUAUUUUUACUUCUUGCCCUGUUACUGUUUAACCUCUGGUUUUCAAUCUGUAAUGGCUAGGGUUUUGCCUCUCUCUCUCUCUCUGUACAUAAAACUUUCCAGCGUCUUUUCAAUCGUAAUGACCUGAGAUUCAGUAGUUGAGUUCUUUCUGUACUGAGUUUGAGAUUCUUUGUCUGAAAGGAAAGAGCUUUUGAUGGA